CGGUCGUGGCCGCCCCUCGCCGCGGAGCCCCCCGGAGCGGAUAUAUGUUGGGGAAAGGAGGAAAGCGCAAGUUUGACGAGCAUGAAGACGGGCUGGAAGGCAAAGUGGUGUCCCCCACCGACGGUCCCUCCAAGGUGUCGUACACCCUGCAGCGCCAGACCAUCUUCAACAUCUCCCUCAUGAAACUGUACAACCAGCGGCCGCUGACGGAGCCCAGCCUGCAGAAGACGGGCCCCGCCGAGGGCCGCGCGGCCGAGGCGAAGCUCGCCGAGCCCGGCGCCUUCGAGAUCACCACGUCCACGGGCUUCCUCACGGACUUGACGCUGGACGAUAUCCUGUUCGCUGACAUUGACACCUCCAUGUACGAUUUCGACCCCUGCACGUCCGCCGCGGGGGCCGCCUCCAAAAUGGCCCCCGUCUCCGCGGACGAGCUCCUCAAAACCCUCGCUCCGUACAGCAGCCAGCCAGUAACUCCAAAUCAGCCUUUCAAAAUGGACCUCACAGAACUGGAUCACAUCAUGGAGGUGCUCGUCGGGUCUUAA